UGGAGUCAGUAUUUAUUGACAUCUCCUGCCAUCACUCCAUCUCUUCUCUUCUCACCCCUCUCUGUGGACAAACCCAACGCAGCAGACAUGAAGCUGAAGCUGAAGCUCCCGAACCCAGGUCUGGACGAGCGGAUCCCGUCUCACGCCGAGCUGGAGAAGCUGGAGCUGGAGGAGGCUGGAGAGCGGCCGCAGUGGGACAACAAAGCCCAGUACAUGCUGACCUGCGUGGGCUUCUGCGUGGGGCUGGGGAACGUCUGGAGGUUCCCGUACCUCUGCCAGAGCCACGGAGGAGGAGCGUUUAUGAUCCCGUUCCUGAUUCUCCUGGUUCUGGAGGGAGUCCCGCUGCUGCAUCUGGAGUUUGCCAUCGGUCAAAGACUCAGAAAAGGCAGCGUCGGCGUCUGGAGGUCCAUCAACCCGUAUUUAGUUGGCGUAGGCAUCGCCUCCAUGCUGGUGUCCUUCAUGGUGGGGAUGUACUAUAACACCAUCAUCGCUUGGGUCAUGUGGUACUUCUUCAACUCGUUUCAGGACCCUUUACCCUGGAGUCAGUGUCCCGUCAAUGAAAACCGGACAGGGUUUGUGUCUGAAUGUGAGCGCAGUUCUCCGGUGGAUUAUUUCUGGUACAGAAAGACGCUGAACACUACGCCUGUGAUCGAGGACUCUGGAGGUCUGCAGUGGUGGAUUGUUUUGUGUCUGUUCUGUGCCUGGACUCUGCUGUGGGUUUGCUGUCUGAGGGGCAUCGAGACCACCGGGAAGGCCGUGUACGUGACCUCCACGCUGCCGUACCUGGUUCUGACCAUCUUCCUGAUCAGAGGACUGACGCUCAAAGGCUCCGUCAGCGGAAUCAAGUUCCUCUUCACACCAGAUCUGGACGAGCUGCUAAACCCAAGCACGUGGCUGGACGCAGGAGCGCAGGUGUUUUACUCCUUCUCUCUGGCGUUUGGAGGACUCAUCUCGUUCUCCAGCUACAACUCAGUCCAUAAUAACUGCGAGCAGGACGCCGUCAUCAUCUCCAUAAUAAACGGCCUGACGUCUAUUUACGCGGCCAUCGUGAUCUACUCCAUCAUCGGCUUCAGAGCCACAGAGAGGUUUGACGACUGUCUCGACGGUAACAUCCUGACGCUGAUGAACGCGUUUGAUCUGCCGGAGGGAAACAUCACGGAGAGCAACUACGACAGUUUUCUCCAGCAUCUCAACAGCACAGCACCAGCCAUCUUUCAGGAGCUCCAGCUGAAGACCUGCGACAUGCAGACGUUUCUCAGUCAGGGAGUUGAGGGAACCGGUUUGGCCUUCAUCGUCUUCACCGAGGCCAUCACUAAGAUGCCCUUCUCUCCUCUGUGGUCAGUGCUGUUCUUCAUCAUGCUCUUCUGUCUGGGAUUGUCCACCAUGUUUGGCAGUGUCGAGGGAGUCGUGGCACCGCUGCAGGAUCUGAACAUCCUACCGAAGCGCUGGCCGAAGGAGGUCUACACAGGUCUGGUGUGUUUCGUCUCGUUCGGUCUGGCCAUUAUCUUCGCUCAGGGGUCAGGUGAAUAUUGGCUGGCUCUGUUCGACAGCUUCGCCGGAUCCAUUCCUUUGCUGAUCAUCGCCUUCUGUGAGAUGAUGGCUGUAGCCUACAUUUAUGGGAUCGACAGAUUCAACGACGAUAUCAAGUUCAUGAUCGGUCACAAGCCCAACUUCUUCUGGCAGGCCACGUGGAGACUCGUCAGUCCGCUCAUAGUGCUGCUGAUCUUCCUCUUCUACUUCGUCACCACCAUCAGCAAAGAGCUGACCUACAUCGCCUGGGACCCGCUGUCGGUACGCAUGGCUGCCUCUGUAGGAAAACUACAAGAAAUGGCCAAUAGAUUUGCAGGAUCGAAAAUAUUCCUGUUAUGACAGAUGUUGAUUGAAC